ACAGCAUAUAUUUUCAAUCCACUACAUCCUUAUCGAUUCAAUCCUAAAAUCAGAAAAAAUGGCCCGAGCAAGCCUCCUCCCCCUCGUUAUCCUCUUCGUCGUGCUCGCCGUCCUCGCCGUUGUCGGCUUCAUCGCCUACAGCAUCGUCCAGGAGGUCACAAACACCACACGUGAGAAGAUGGAGAAGCGCAAUGUCAUGUUUACCAAGGAUGGCAUGACGGUCGGAGUAAAGGAGUUGAAGGAGGAAGAUUACGUCGAUCGGAGUCAGAGUAUCCUCGUGAACAUGUGGAACCACAGUUCGUUCCCUGGGUACAAGAGUCGGCUUUGGAACAUGGCUGGCAAGAGUGAGGACAAGGAGACUGUUGAGAAGAGGAGACCGUACUCGCAGUAAUGGUUUCCUCGUCGCAUCGUGUUGUCGAUAUGCAUGAUCUUACGCUGGAGUUAAGCUGUUACAAAUGAGCAUUGGUGCAUUAGUGAAGGCGCUACAUUCGAUUUGAAAGCAUUUCUUGUUAUUUACGUCCAAUUCAAGUGUUCAAAUAUAUUAUAAUCAGCGUCGAGUUCAAGGUGCGGUCGCGUUGGUAGAACGGGUCAUGUUGUCUUUCAUAGUGUCGCAUGCUCAACUUUUAACUCAUCACAUCACAGCACAUGCUUUUCGCUCCAGAUAGUUACGUUGAGUACUUGUAUAUAUCUCUUCGUCUCACGAGUUGAAGUACUCUAUUCGACAUCUAGAAUGCCUUACAACGGCGUCCUCCCCUAGUCCAUUCCUGGUACUUGUUUGUGAUCGAUUGAUGCUGUCUCAAUAGGUAUCA